AUGAAGUUCCUACUACUACUUCUAGCUUUGCUUCUUGCUUCUUCAGCCAUUUUAGGUGCCGAGUGCCGAGUUGCCCGCAAGAAUUUAGGUAUAGAUCUUGGUGGCGUAGGGGUGGGUGUUGGGACAGGUGUUGGCAUAGGAGGCAGUGGAAGCGGUUCUGGAGCAGGGGCUGGAUCUGGAUCUGGGUCUGGUUCGAGAUCUUCUUCCUCCUCUUCAAGCUCCUCGAGCUCGAGCACUAGUGGCAAUGGAGGAGGUGAUUCUGAAGCAGGGUCAUCCGCAGGAUCAUCUGCAGGAUCCCAUGCUGGUUCAGGACACCGAGGUGGCGAUUAA